AUGCAAGAUAUUGUACAAGGUGUAUUUGAUUUUACUACCACUUCACCUAAAGAUCAUGCGAUAGAAAUUUCGCUUCCGGCCCGGAAGGAAAAAUGCCAAGAAAUAUCUGAUUUUAUCGACGAUUCUUCAGAUGUUUUGACAGAAGCCGAGGUAUGCGAAGAAACUUUACUGGAAACCGAGGUAAGCAUUACAACUACUCCCUUUAUUAAAUCAUAUCAUAACUCUAAUUCGGAAGAUAUAGUAAAUGAAAAUAACGAAUUUUCAGAAACCGUAACUAUAAUUGAUAGCUUUUCAGAUUCCUCGGAAUCCUCUGAUGGUGAUGGGGGAGAAUCUUCCGACGAUGACUCCAAUAAUGAUGAAACGAAUUCAAAAGAUUCAACUAAGGUAAAUACUCCAGCUCAUAACCGUACCUAUUUUCGUAAUAAAAUGACAGAACAAUAUCCUGAUUUAUUUUGGGAAGGCGGAAAUGGAAACAAUGAUUAUUAUGGAAUUACGGAUGAAUCUUUAUGCCCGCUAUACAAGUCAGAUCAUUAUGAGGAUAAAGGUAUAGAAGGCAGAUAUAAAAGUGGAUCCUAUUUUAUUAAAUGUGAACAGCGUGGAAUUAAAACCGAGAUAACAGCAUAA